AUGUGUUUUGCCAAAAACAAAAGACGCUUAAUCACCAUGCUAAUGGCAAAGUGCGAAGAAGCUGGAAUUGCCUGCAGACAAGCAAACGAAGAUGCGGAUUCACUGAUUGUUCGGACGGCCGAAUCCUUGGGCCUUACUCAUCAAACUGUUGCGAUUGUGGGGGAAGAUGUAGAUCUGCUGGUGAUAAUGAUGGGUCUCAACACUUCUCCAAACGUCUAUCUGCUGAAGCCAGGAAAAGGGAAACCGCCUCAGUUGCUGUACCUACCACAGUCUGCUGUGAAACAAAAUCUUGCCAAGCACAUGAUGUUUCUGCACGCGAUGAGUGGAUGCAACUCGACGUCAUCUUUAUAUAACUAA